AUGGCCCAGCCCUCGUCCUCUCAUCGUGAACGAGAGCGGGAGCGCAGCGAGCGCUCCUCCUCCCGUCAUCACCACCACCGCACCAUCUCCUCCACCACUCUCCUCCUCGUCCUCUCUCUCGUCCUCGCCGUUCUGGCCGUCAUGCUCUCCCUCCCCUCCAAUCAAGCCGCCAGCACCGCCGCCGCCGCAGCAGCAAGCGGCGAAAACGCCAAGAACGAGGGCUUCUGGGGCAUCAUCACCCCGAAGCGCACCCAAGCUCUGCUCGCUCGUGAAAGCAACAUCGCUGUCCGUGAGGCCGAAGUUGCUCGCCGCGAGGCCGAGAUUCUUGCCGGCGCUCCGGGCGGUGUUGUCGCUCAGGCCCCAGUUUGCCCUCCCUGCGCGACCAUUGUGGAGAAGAUCACCGAGGCUCCCCUCCCUGCACACACCGUCAUCAAGGAAGUUGUCAAGGAGGCAGACCUCACUCCUCCUGGAUGGUGGGACCAAGCUCGCGUGCGCGCUGAAGACAUCCUUGACCGCGAGUUGAAAAUCGCUGAGCGCGAGCGCGAGAUCAGUCGCCGCGAAGAGGCCGUCAACCGUCGCGAGCACGAUGCUUCAAGACGCGAGGGCUGGAUUAUGGAACAGCUUGUGAUGCUGAACGAGGCUCAACCUGAAGUCGUCGAGGAAGAUUACAUCUACAACGAACCUCCCCCUCCCCCCAUUGUUCCGCCCAUGGGUGGCGGUUGGAGGAAGCCCAAGGCCAUUCCUCCCCCGCCUUUUGUCAUAACCGAAACCGCCAUUGAAAUGGCGACCGAGACCCGUACAGUCACCCACACUCUCCACGAGACCAUCAAAACUGCCGCCACCAAUGCGCCCUCGAACACCCGUCGUGUUGCGUCGCCCACUCCCAACAUCAUGAGUUCCUCGUCCACCUCGUACAUCCCGCGGACAACGUCUGUGGAGGUCGUUGUGGAAGAGGAGAUCCUCGAGCCAGAAGAGGUCGAGACAACCGUCACCAUGAUGCGCGGCCCUGGCAGGAAGCGGCACCCCACCGGCAAGCGGUGGUUCGGUGGCUGGUGA